AUGAAGAACGUCGUUUGUGGGGAUUUUUAUGGCGAUGAAUGUUACUUCAAUUCAAUGCUCGAUAUAGGUGAUGAAGAUGAAGAUAACUCUACAAAAGAAAGUGAAGGUGGCUACGAGGAUACAUCUGAUGAAAAUGAGAGUGACAAUGAAUCAGGUCAAAGUCUUGAUGAUUGUGAUGGUACGAAAUCUGAUGAAAAUGAAAGUGUCAACAAUAGUAUUUUAUAUUCACCUGGUGGAUCUAAUCAGCUCUGGAAACCUAGUGUCACGAAAGAAUUGAUACCUGAUGAUCAGGUUACAUUCAAAUCACUGACACAUGCAAUCAAUAUGUAUAGAAAAUAUGCAGAACAUGCGGGGUUUGAUGUUCGGUUGAACACAACUACAAGGUUUCGGCAUGAAAAAUCAAUAAUAAAGAUAAAGUAUGUAGUUUGCAAUCGCGCUGGGAAAAUACCAGAUAGAAGCCUGGAUACAAUGGAUACAAAUAAUGGUGGAAGAAAACAUAGGAAUUCAAACUUUAUUGUAACAAAUUGUAAAUCAUUGAUAAAGUUUGAACGUGUUAGUAUUGGAACAAAUGAGUUUCAAAUUAGAGAGUUUCAAGAGCUGCAUAACCACCCUCUUUAUACCAUAGAAGAGCGCAGACAUUCAAAAAAAGCUAGAAAAUUAAAUUAUGCAGACAAGGAGUUUAUUAUAUGCGCAGCAACGACAAAUGUGGGUGCAACAAAGGCGCAUAAACUUCGUGCUACGUUAAAAGGCAACAAGGAUGCGCAAUUAAUAUUGAAUAAAAUGAAUGAGAGGAAAACAUAUUAUCCAGAUUAUUCCUUUGAGUAUAAAUGUGUCGAUAGUGUGUUAAAUGCUAUGUUCUGGGCUGAUGAAACAGAUAAGGUAUUCUACAAGGAGUUUGGAGUUGUGAUAUCUUUUGACACUACCUUUCGAUCAAAUAAGUAUGGAAUGGUAUUUGUACCUUUUACAACUAUUGAUAAUCACAAAAGAUUUGUUACUGUUGGUGCUAGCCUACUUAGUAAUGAGAAAAUAGAGUCUUAUUGUUUGUUGCUUGAAGCUUUUUUAAAGGCUCGUGGAAAAGAAUCAACAUUGGUGUUAACAGACCAGGAUCUAGCGAUUCUGCAAGCAGUCGAGGCUGUAUCCCCGAAUGCAAAGCAUAGACUUUGCCUAUGGCAUAUAACAAAAAAACUAGAGGCAAAGAUAGUAAUGAUUACACAUUUGGAAAAAAGGAGACAAGUGAAGACAAAGUGUAAGGUGGAACUGAAGUUGCUAGAAAAGGAUGUAAAAUGUAUAUGCGAACUCUUCAAGCAAAUGGGUAUUUUGUGUCGACAUGUAUUUGCAGUUCUGAAGAAUAAUCACAUUGAGGAGAUACCGGAGCAAUAUAUUAUGCGGAGGUGGAGAAGGGAUAUUAUUUCUAGCCAUUUGUUGGUUAGUAAGAAUGGGCUUGCUGAAUUGGAAGAUGAAACUUUUAAGUUGUUAAUCGAAGCAUAUAGUAACUUGGAGUACUGUCUGGAGCGUCUUCAGAAUGAUAAGGAUAAAUUAGAAGAGUUUAUGAGGACAACACGUACGAUGAGGAAGGUGUUUAAGCAAGAUUCGGAUAACACUAUUGCAUUGGAUGAAAGUGAUGAAGCUGUGUUUAGGCUAUUUGGGGUUAUCAUUCCAGAGCAGAUUGAAGUUAAUGUCCCACCAAUGAUGCAUAAUAAAGGGAGUGGGACUAAGAAACGGAUGGUUAGUGCAGCGGAGAGGGCAGUUGCAUCUUCUAAAAGUGGGUCACGAAAGUGCACAGGAUGCAACUUAUAUGUGAAUCAUAAUUGGAGGACUUGCAAAGUAAGAAUUGCGCGUGAGAAAUCCAAUUGA